AUGAAGCAAGACGAGGUUGAAGGAGAUGAUUAUGAUGCUGACAAGAUCAAUUCUGAAAAAGAAAACAGAGAAAAAUUGGCAAAGAGUCAGGUGGUGGAAUUGGUUAAGACGGGAGAUCUUUUCCUCAACAAAACAGUUUUGAAAGCGAGGUUUGAGUUAUGUGCAAUGAAGCAUAACUUUCACUACACAGUUACCAACUCCAAUAAAUCAGUUUGGUGUAUUAGAUGCGCUGAUAAGGUGUGCUUUUGGGGUGCUCGAGCUGAGUGUUUGAAGGGCUCCACAUAUUUUAUUAUUAAGAAGUAUGUCGGUGUACAUUCCUGCGCACCUUCAAACAAAACCAGUGCCGGAAAGACAGCUUCAGCGAAAACGAUAGGCAGUCUGCUAAUGCAUAAAUAUGAAGGUAUCAAGGAAGGGCCUAAAGCGAAAGAUAUUGUUCAGAUUAUGCGUAAUGAUUAUGGAUGUGAGAUCUCUGAUUCUUUAGCAUGGGAUUCCCGUGAAUAUGCAGUCAACGCUGUUAGAGGUAUUCCAGAGGAAAGUUAUGGGAAAAUACCAAAAUACUUGCACAUGCUGCGAGAGGCCAAUCCGGGUACACAUUCCUCUUACAAGACUGACGUCGAUGGUAGAUUUCGAUAUCUGUUUAUAGCGUUUGGUCAAUCGAUCAGAGGCUUUAACACAGUCAUGAGGCGUGUCAUUGUUGUCGAUGGAACAUUCUUGAAGAGUAAAUUCAAAGGGGUGCUACUGGUUGCAACUGCUAUAGAUGGAAAUUCAAAUUUAUAUCCUAUUGCAUUUGGGAUAGUAGACUCUGAGAAUGAACAGUCUUGGGAAUGGUUUAUGAGACAAUUAAAAGUUGUUGUUGCUGAUGAUAAUGGUUUGGCUUUUAUUUCGGAUAGACAAGUGUCAAUAGCGAAGGCACUGGAGAAAGUGUAUCCGCUAGCGAGACAUGGUAUUUGUAUUCAUCAUUUGUUGAAUAAUGUGAUAUCAUAUUUGAAGGGGAAGGGAUUAGCUGGGUUGAUUUCUAAGGCUUCAAAGGCUUAUAGAGUGGUUGAUUUCAAGAUGACGUUCGCUCAUGUUUGCAAUAUCAGUCCAGCAAUUGGAAAUUAUCUUAUGGAAGCAGAUGUCAAAAAGUGGGCUAGAUGUCAAUUUCAUGGAUACAGGUAUGGCAUUAGGACAAACAAUCCUGCAGAGUCGAUAAAUUCUGCGUUGCGUUCGCCGAGAGAGUUUCCCGUAAUUCCUUUGUUGGACAGUAUUAGAGAAAUGCUGACACGCUGGUUUUUUAAGCGUAAGAAGUUGAUUUCAAAGCACACCCACCGUUUGACCAUAGAUGUGGAGGAAAAGAUUGAUAGGAGAAUUGGAAAGAGGAAAACUUUCAGAGUUUACCCUGUAACCGAUAGCCAGCUGCUUGUUAAAGGCGAUACAAUUGACUGCUUUGUUGAUUUGGACAAACGGACUUGUUCUUGUGGGAAGUACGACCUCUUGAAAAUCCCUUGUAGACACGCAAUAAAAGCUGGUUUCUUUGUUGGUAGAGAACCAUAUACAUUGACUGAUUUUUUGUAUACCACGGGAGCUUGGAGAGAAGCUUAUCAAGAAAGCAUAAAUCCCAUUUCAGUUCCUGAAGAUGGUUGGUCUGUCCCACAAGUUGUGGAAAAUUCUGAAGUGCUACCGCCUGAGACAAGAAGAUCUCUUGGAAGAAAUAGAAAACGCAGAUAUGAAACUGUUGAAGACAAAAUCCGAUCAUCACAAGGAUCACAGGGGGGUCAGUCUCGUAAGUGCAGUAGAUGUGGUCUUGGUGGUCAUAAUAGAGCAACUUGCAAGAUGCCAAUAUAG